UAUCAUUGUAGAUUUAAGCACGGUAAAGAUCUAACUUGUAAGUGUAAUAUACUAAUAAGAUCCAAGAUUUAAAAGGUUUUUCAGUGUUUCGUGAUUUCAAUCAAUUUUUUUAGAAUUCCAGAAAAGGUCAAUCCAAAUAGUAUUAUAUAUUUAGUUACUAUUUAGAAGUAUAAUCCUUCCUAUCAAACGUAGCCAUUUCAAGGACUUCUAGCAGCCAAGCCAAACCCACCAAACGCAAGGCCUAACGGGAAAUAACAGACCAUCGCAAAAUGGCGGGAGAUCUAAUUCGUUAUGUAAUUAUUUUGCUUGUUACAUCUGCAGUUUUCACAGAAGCAGAGCCACCAUCGCUUCAUCCUUUCGAUUUUCCCAAAGACGCGGACCUAGGAGUGAGCAUACAGGUCUUGUGCAACCUGAACAAAGGAAAGUCUCCUGUAAAGUUCACCUGGAAGAAAGAUGGCCGACCAAUCAAUGCAGGAACGGGAAUGAGGACAGGACUCUUGAAUGAACGCUCUAGUUACCUUGUAGUUGAUGACAUGUCUGCGGAAAAAAUGGGAAACUACACGUGCGUAGUGACAAACAGCGAAGGAUCGGACAGUCACACUGCUCGGUUAGUUAUUCCAGAUAAACGUCACCAAAUGGCGCGCCAACUUCGAAUCUUUGUGACUAUUAUGGUUCUUGUUGGUGAAGUAUCUGCGGUUUCCUUAGCUCCCCCUACAAUCCAACCUUUUCAGUUUCCGAAAGACGUAUCUCUUGGCAGCCCUAUUCGAAUAACGUGUGGAUUACUUAAGAGAGCGCCAUCUGUCAACUUUGUCUGGAAGAAAAAUGGCCAAAUCUUAACGCCAUCAAAAGACAAACAUUAUAUUGGGUCACAUGAUGGUUUUGUCGUGAUGGAGAUUAAAAAUGUGGCUGCUUCGGAUAUCGGGAAUUAUACGUGUGUUGCUGAGAAUGAAGGCGGGAAAGACGAGUACACGGCGCAACUGGUCAUAGAAGAGCCACCCACUCUCUUCUCCUUUGACUUUCCAAAAGAUGUCGAACUUGGAAGACGUGUACAGGUUGUGUGCAGCUUGAACAAAGGAGAUCUUCCUGUAAAGUUCACCUGGACAAAGGAUGACCAGCCAAUCAGCACUACGGACAGAAUCAAAACUGGGAUGUUCAAUGAACAUUCGAGUUUUCUUAUCAUUGACAGCGUGUCUGCUUUGAAUAUGGGGAACUAUACAUGUACAGUCCAAAAUUCUAGAGGGUCCGAUAAUCAUAACUUAAAUAAAAAAUGUGUUUCGAAUCACGAUUUCUUUAAUUUGUGUGCGCAUUUCGAAAUAUUUAUACUUCUUACGGCGUUCGAAAUAGUUAGGCUUACCUCACAUUGUCUAACAACGAAGCAACUUCUUGGACCAAUGGCGUCAAACAUGGAGCGAUUAUUACGCUGUGUAAUGGCUGAUGUGCUAUUAACAGUAAUACAACUUACUGCAUUGUCUGAAGGGGGAGUUCCAAAGCUUCAUUCGUUUGGCUUUCCACAGAAAGUGGACUUGGGCGGAAGAGUCCAGAUGGUUUGUAACUUAAACAAGGGAAGUGUACCUGUUUCGUUCUCCUGGACUAAAGACGGCCAGACGAUCCAAGAUGGAGAAAGAAUAGAAAUAGGCUCGUGGAAUGACGUGUCAAGCUACGUAAUGAUCCACAGCGUCUCUCCAGAAGACAUCGGAAACUAUACAUGCUCAGCGACCAAUCGCAUUGGGACAGAUAGUUUCACAGCGAAUCUCGUUGCUUCAGAAGCGCCGAUACUUCAUCCCAUCCACGUUCCACAAGACGUCGAACUGAACGGUACUGUUCAGGUUUUGUGUCAUCUUAAGAAAGGAUCUCUACCAGUGGAAUUCUCGUGGAGUAAAGAUGGCCGCCCCUUACUGACGGGAGCAGAAAUUCAGACUACUUCUUUAAAUGAACGUGCCAGUUUACUCGUGAUAAGACACGUUACAACAGACGACGUUGGGAAUUACACGUGCCGUGCGGAGAAUUUGGCAGGUUCGGCUAGUACAACAGCAUCUGUCAUCAUCAGAGGUAUAUUUCUUUGUAAAACCUACCAGUGUGUUGCACGAGCUAAUGGCUAG